CAUUUGAAUACUUUAAUAAAGGUAUACACACUUUAACAAAAUGGCUUCCAAAAACUCUAUCAAUAAACCUAAGAAUAAGAUAAAUUCUGCUAGUCAUGCUAAAUCAUUAGCUAAAAAGAGAGCUGCUCGUUCAAAGAUUUUACCAAAUACUAGAUCAUCUAUUGGAAGAUAUGCUGAUAAGGCAGUUACAGCAGUUAGACCAACUGAUUCCAAAGCUAUAGCAUUAUAUACUGGAGAAUCUCCUGCCCCUAUUUCUAAAAUGACUAAAAAUACUUUAUCUAAUAAGAGAGCUAAAAAGAUUGCUAGAAAUCAAAAAUAUGUUGAUCAAAGAAAACAAGCUGAAAAUAAGGAAGAAGAUGCAUCAAUGGAAAUUGAAACAAAAGAGCAAUUAGAAGAAAGACAAACAAACUUAGAUAAAGUUAAAACACUUUUAUGGUCAGUGAUUGAACAAAAUGCAAGAGGAGAAUAUAAAUCUUCAGCUGAUGGAGAAGGUACCACUUUAGGUAUUCAAGCCUUUUAGGUAAAUAUCAUUUAGUUUUAAUUUAUUGUACAUUAGAUAGUUUUAUUCAUAAGAAUUAAUGCAUGAAAAAUAAUUUAUUAAUUAUAGUAAAUGAUC